AUGGCUGAAGCUCGAGAAGUUGCAUUACCUAGUGGAUACGAUGAUGAGUUUGUGAAUUCAGUCGACGAAGACUUGCACUGUUCAAUCUGUCAUCUGCCACUGAAAGAGGCCGUACAGACGGGGAAGUGUGGGCAUAGAUUUUGUAGGCAGUGCCUUGAUGAACACUUUAGGAGGUUGGUGAUUCUAUUAAUUGUUUGAGUUGUAUUAUCAUGCCUGUGUCAUCAGAUAGUUAGUCUAGCCAGAGGUUAUUUACUGGCUUCGAGAGAGUGUUCAUGCUUCCGGAAGCAUGACGUAGCGACGCAAGUUGCCAGCUACGUGACUCGUCGACAGAGACUUUGAUUUUGUAAGAAAGAGGGGUUAUUAGCCCUGGCUAAGUGAAAUCGCUUGUCAUUGCUGUCGAUCUUAAAAUUAUAGUCUCUCUUAACUUUUUUAAGGCUAAUAAAGCGCAAAUACGAUGCACUCUAAUAAAAAUAAUUAUCCGAGCUACUCCAUCGACUGCAAAUUCGCUAAGUUCUCUUAUGUUGAGCGAACAAACUUGGGAGCUGUGCAAAGUUUUAACACAUAGCAUAAAAAGAAAAUAACUUCUACUUGAAAGAUUUGAGUUCAAGGCUCUUAUCAGUAUAAAACAAAGGUGGCUCAAUUCUCGGAAUCGAGCCUGACCGAGUUCUGCUUCAUGUUAAUUUUACUGAUUGUUGACUAGGUUGCUAACUGACUAACCGGUGGUCAACUGAAACAUCAUAGGUUGUUUUCUUUUUUUAGUUGCUACACAAGGCGUUUUUUCAAAGCAUGAGUCCUUAUAGUGUAACUUGUUGGCAUUUUGUUUUCACUUAGUCCGACGCGAUUGUUUUUCGCGUUCCCCACGGUAGACAUGCACGGUGUAUACUUAUGAGAGUCUUCUGAGGAAAGAAAGUCUAAAAACGAACUUUUGACCCUGUUGUCACGAUUUGUUAAUUGAAGAAAGUUUGACUACUGUCGGCUAAUGAUGAUUUGAAAUGGAGUGGAAUGAUUUUACAGUGGAACCUCGAUAUAACAAACCUCUAUAUAGCCUAGUCCUCGAUAUAACGAACGAUUCUUUUUGUCCCAGUAAUGGCAAAAUAUGUGGAAAAGAACCUCCAUAAAACUAAACCUCGUUAAAGCGAACAAAUUUUUCCAGACCCUUGUCCCUUCGUUAUAUAUCGAAGUUCCACUCCACAUAAUUAUGUCCUUGUGUUGGUACAAACGUAAAGUUUAAAUUCAUAAUACCGGCCAGCAGUGAAGCCAGUCUACUUCUCUCUCAAUCGAAGUUCAGCCUGUACACCAUGGACAACAUCCCUUACUGAAUUCUUACUGCAGUUCCGCAAGGUUUCAUGCUUGUUUUCAAUAUACCGUCAAUAUAUUCUCUCCUUUUCAUUUCGAUAGGUUGGAGCUCCUCAGAGAACCGUUAAAUUGUCCUGUGGACCGGAACAUCCUAAUACGAGAUAAAGUAGGUGAUCUAUUACACUGCCGGUCGUCUCAUCAUGCAGUAUUGACUGGAAGCUGGCCAGGAGCGGUUCUUGAGCCUGCUUACUUUUUUAGUAUUUUGUACUCACUGACUAAUACUAAAAUCUAUAAUUAGCCAAAGCUGACCUGACACUGCUAUUAGACUUACUAGUUUAGUGAGUAUCUGUAGGGCAGGACAGUAUUUAUUUUAUAGACAAUUCAUUUCUGCGAAGAAAGAGGGAGGAAUAAUUUUUUCAUGUGGACUUCUAAUAUUUACAUCAAGAACUUACAUAAAACAUACACAUUAUUUACCGGGGGGAGGUGGGGGGGGGUGGGCUCCAACUUCUAUUUUUUAUAAGCAGUUUGGGCGGCACUGUUUGUGACUAUUAAAAACUUAAUCAAACCAUUUUUAACCAACAAAUUGUGGGAAAAAUGAGGAGUAUUAACCAUGGAAAAAGAAGGGGAAAUUAAAAUGUGUUGCAUGGGAACAACAUAGUUUUUUUAAAGAAGGAGGUAGAGGAUAGAAAUAAGAAAGUAUGUUUUUUUUUGGUCGUUUUUGCUAUAAUGAUUAGAAAGAGGAUAAAAGACAACGUUUAGGUGUGGGGGGGGGUGGGGGGGGGGGGGGGGGGGGGCUGCUACUUACAUUUAUCAAAAGCUAUUUGAGGCAGGCUGUGUUGGGACUUAACAUACGUGAACUGAUACAUUUUAAGACAACAUAACAGGGGAAAUUUAAGAGAUUUACAACAUGAAGGAAAAGAGGUAACUUAAGAAUGAUAAUACGAAUGAAUAAGUAUGUAAAGAAGUAAAUAAAUUAAAGUUACAAUACCGUUGGAUUAACAUGUUCUUUUUUUCAUUCAUUAAUAAAAAACGUAUCUAUAUCAGCAUAACUAUCCUGUUUUUGAACAUUGAAGAUCGAGUAGCAAUAGAUUGUGUAUUUGUUUCUUAAAAGAACGCUUUAAGAGUUUUCUCAAAUUCUCAGAGAUACUGUUCCAAAUUUUAGCCCCUACGCUAAAAAGAGUUUUUGUGAUGAUUGUAAUUGGUUUUUUUUGCGAGUCUCUUUGCAUUUUUUAUUCUAACACCAUUCCAUUCAUCCAUUGCCUGUUCAGAAUCUGCUUAGAGUCUAAUAAGCUAUUACAUAUUCUCCACUGCUCCUUGUCAGUAUAAUUUGCAGGCUGUUUUGCCAAUUGCGGACCUAGGAAAAUUUAGCCUUUUAAACAACAAUUAUCAUGUAAUUCCCUUCCCCCUGUCCAUUAAUGGUGACUCGUCCCACUUAACCUCGUCGCAAUAGUCAUCUUUAUUUAUAGGCGAACAAUGUAAAAGCCGCUUCAUUUAGCCUUCAAAAACUCAUUAAUAAUUCAUAAAGAAAAAAAUGAAUGUUUAAUGUUUAAUGAAUGUUCAAUUUAUAUCUGAUAAAGAAACGCACCCUUAAAUUGUGCAGGUAAGAGAUCUUUCAAACCACACCCAAAUGUGUGUUUUUCAGCUAAAAAGGCAAGAGAAAAUGCAAAGAAUCAGUCCAAUGUAACUCUGACUGGAAUAUCCGAAUGAACAUCCUUUCAACUACCUUCCAUCGUCGGUGUCAGUGUACCGGGAAUUUGUAUAUCAAACUAGACGCAGAAUCACGGCUGAGAACUCAACACAAUUUAAUCAACACGUGCGCAAGCACAUGGCAAGAAGAUGCGCAAUGUGCAUGCGUGAAGUGCGUAAAGAUUCAUGGGAUAUGACAGCCUUUCCCUUUGAAAUGAAACCUGUUUGUAUAAUGAGGAAAGAGGAGAAUGGAAAUCCUGUUAUUUGGCGUCAGGAACAAGUGUUAGAAGUGCAGUGCUCGAUUUGUACAUAGGGUUUUUGGUAGCUUCGCUCCUCUUUGGUCAGAUGACAACCAUAAAAUUUGCUUGACUACACAUAAUCUCCCAGAGGGUGAAUGGGUUAAAAAACCAAACACGUAGUAUAUUUAUGUGAGCAAACAAACAAAUAAAUGGUCGAAGGUUAAUUUAACUCUUUGCUUUGUUUUUUUUAGGACAUUUUCCCUGACAAGGCAACCGAAAGAAAGAUACUUUCCUUCAUCAUCAAGUGUCCUUGCAACGGUUGCCAGUGGACUGGUGAAUUGAGGUCAAAAACUGUAAGUAGCGCAACUCCAUGUUGUUUCUACCACCGUGAUUUAUCGGUAAACCUGAUGUAAGAAAAUAAAUAGAAUUGUUGGACUGUCACAGUGUAACAUGUGCAGACGUCACGCCUUCAAGACUUGUGUAUUAUCAGUUGUUGUAUUUAACUGUAUAAGAAUACUUUCAACUAAUACGGAGAAAGUGCAUCAUUUUCGUGCAUAAACUUGGUAGGUGCUAGAAACUGUCAAGUGACUUGAAUGUGCAAACUGAUAAGGAAAAACCAUCCUUUGAACAACUAGUUUUUACUAUGAUGAGAGAUGGGGAGCUUCUAUUUUAUAAACUGACAGUUCAUCUUUCUUGAAUCAGCUAAAUCAGCACUUUAUUGCUCGGACAUCUUGCCCUCAACUUGACAUUGGUUUUCUUUUAUGAUUGAUUUUUACCUUUAGAGUUAACUGCAUGUUAAUGAGAAAAUCUUAUAUAAUCACAUAAGCUAAAAGGGAUAGAGUAUAAAAGUAGAGAAAAUCUAUGAUUAAUCGGAGAAAGGAGCUGGAGACUACGGAGAAAGAAAGAUGGAGAGAAAAAGUAAAGGCGGGUGAAACUAAGCAAGACAAAGAGAAGAAGAGAAGAAAACAGAAGGAAAGAGUGAAAUAGUAAGCGAUAAAGCUAGUACGGAACUCAUGUAAGGAAGGUGUAAGUCUUUUACUUCUGAAUUAUUUGUCUUUGUCCUUCUGAGAGUUCUCAUCACUCCCACUUCACACUGUUGGAACACGUCUCCCGUUACAAAUAAGUAGGUUGAAUAUGACUGAGUCCGGGAGAGUGUAGCAUAGAAUAGCAUAGUCAAUAGGGUAAGUUAAUGGUAUUUAAAUAUAAUUGGUUACAAUAGCUAACAAAAAACAACUUACUUGGGUGUGAUGAUAGACAUGAUAGUUUUCUGCCUUGUCCAAGAACUAAACUGUCAACACAUGAACACUAACCUAUAAUUUUCUUUUCAAAAAAAGGACCACUUAACGUCAUGUCCCCGUAAAAUUGUGGGCUGCACGAACAAAAACUGCUCUGAGACGAUCACAAGGGACAAGCUACAGAAACACGUGACCACCACGUGUGCAUGGAGGAUUCUUCGUUGCGCUCACUGCAGUGAAUCACAUCCGAAGUGUAAAACUAAGGUAAGAAUCUUGAUUAAUUGCCCUGCUUUUGCGAGCUUGUAGAGGAGUCUAUCAUUAACAUACCGUUGGCAUCGGCAAUAAAACUAUGAAUUUAGGUGAAUUCUGCUGUUUCAAACCCAAGCCAGCAGAAACAGCAACAGCGUCAACUGCAAUAAACGGUAACCUGCAUUAAUGCGUCCCUUACCAACCUUCCACAUAGCAUUAUUUUCAUUGUCUUCACCUGUAUUUACUUUAGUAAGCGGUCAGUUGGCCUUACCAGCUCUACCGGCGGUGACCUCUU